AUGAGGCGAAUUGGACCGGUGGCGUAUGAGAUUGCAUUGCCACCUCACUUGGGAAACCUGCACAAUGUUUUCCACGUAUCACAGUUGAGGAAGUACGUGGCGGAUCCUACUCAUGUGCUGGAGCAGGAUGAUGUUCAGGUGCGUGAGAACCUGACUCUUGGAGUUAGACCAGUGAGGAUUCUAGAUUCUCAAGUCAAACAGCUCAGAGGGAAGGAGAUUUGGACUGUGAAGGCUAUGGUUGCUAACAGGAGGAGGAGGAGUGGUGGUGCGGAUGACAUCGCGGAGGCGAUUCACCGGAUGGUGGAUGCGAUGCAGCCACCUGUAGCGGCAUAG